AUGGCCCGGCAGGGCGGCGAUGUGAAGAGCGCGUUCCAGGUGAAGGACGAGGAGGAGCAGCUGCCGGGCACGGGCCUGUACGGCGCCACCUCGGGCUUCGCGGGGAGCGGCACGGCGUACCGCCUCUCGCGGCAGGGCAUCAGCACCAUGGACAUGGUAACCAACGCACUGCGGCGACGGAGAGUGAUCAAGAUGUUCAGAGGAGGGCCGUUCAGCGUCAACAGGUCGUCGUACUACAUAAGCAUGGAGUUCGGCCCCAUCAAGCACAUCAUGAACCUGCGUGUCGACAACCUCACACCGCUCACCUGGAUCUCCUGUGACUGCAUCCAGUGCCGCACCUCUGGUGCCGUGAUCAAGGAGCGACCGCCGUUCAACACCACAGCCAGCAACUCAACGCGCGUGGCGUGCUCGACCCCCGCGUGCACUGCUGUGACAGGGCAACCGGUGCCACUCGGCCAAGUCGGCUGCAACCUCGCCUCCACCGUCAUCCCCUCUGCUGUGCGCACAGGCAGGUGCACGUACACGCACUCGUUCCCCAUCGCCAAGAGCCCUCUGGGGUCCCCCGGCAGCCUGCUGCUGAGUGGGGACAAGACGAGCACGGGGAAGAGCGAGGGCGUGCUGCUGUUGGAGCAAGUGUGGUUCACGCACUCCGAUAACACCACCGUCAACCCCCUGCUCACCGUCGGUUGCGGCAUGGCGCAGAGCGGCAGUCUAGCCGGCGUGACAGAGGCGCCAGACGGCAUAUACGGGCUGGGCAGGGGGCCGCUGAGCAUCCAGAGCCAGAUGAACGACCUGGCCAUAUGGGAGUAUGGGUACGGCAUGUGUCUGGAGGGCGACGCCUCCAGCACCAACGCCAAGUCAUACCUCUCGCUGGGGAGCGGGCGCAUAGGCGGCGCCAACGACUCCGUGCCGAUUAUCUUUGUUGGGAACAGCCCGCUGCUGUUCGUGGACAUGGUAUCUGUGGCUGUGGGGCUCGUGACUCUUAACUUGCCGCCCGGAACGUUCACUCUGCCGUCCGACCAGGGACUGGGCGGCACGGUGUUUGACCCCUUCACCACCAUCACGCGCCUGCCGCCCGCUGCUCUCAACGGCAUGAUUGACGCUCUGGUGUACACCCGCCCGGGUCUACUGCCGGACGCCACCACGUCCACUGCGCUGGGGCUGCGCUGCUUCACAGGCACCAUGUACAAGAAUGCCAACUACACGGCGUUCUACCAGCAGUUCCCCACCAUGCACAUGCGCUUUGGCAACGGGGCCUACUUCUUCCUCCUCCCAGAGACCUACCUCAUUGCCACCCCCUCUACUGGCAAAGUGUGCUUCGCUGCUGCGGCCUCUGAGGACAGCCGAACCACAAUCGGAGAGUCCUUCCUGCGCAACAAGUAUGUGGUCUACUCCUUCAUCACCAACGACAUCUCCUGGUUCGACAUGAACUGCACCACCGGCCUCCGCUACUCCAAUUUCACCCUCCGCCCCCCGCCCUCCGCGCCCUCCCCUCCCCCCGGCACCCCCCUUGCGCCCCCCAUGUACGAGUAUCCGCCUCCCCCCUCCCCGCCGCCCCCCAAACCGCCUUCCCCGCCCCCCAAACCCCCCUCCCCGCCUCCUCCCAAGCCCCCCAAGCCCCCCUCUCCGCCCAAACCUCCCCCGUUUCCUCCGCCCAAGCCCCCUCCAUCUCCCCCCUUGAAGCCUCCCCUUUCCCCCCCAAAGCCCCCCUCUCCUCCCCCCAAACCCCCUCCACCUUCCCCCCCGAAGCCCCCAUCUCCCCCUAAGCCCCCGCUUUCCCCCCCCAAGCCCCCCCCGUCUCCCCCUUUGACUCCCCCCGCUUCUCCUAAGCCUCCCCCAUCCCCACUGAAACCACCAACACCUGCAAGUCCCCCUCCCCCCAAACCUCCUGGUUCCACCACUUCCGCCCCCCCUCCCCCUGCAAAGCCCCCUCCUUCCACCACCACCGCCCCUCCUCCCCCCAAACCUCCUGGUUCUACCACUUCCACCCCGCCUCCCCCUGCAAAGCCCCCUCCCCCUACCUCUUCCGUCCCCCCUGCUCCCAAGCCCCCUGGCUCUGGAUCCUCAACACCCCCCCCUACUGCAUCUGACAGUCCCCCUCCCCCUGAACCGCCCUUACCCCCUGGCCCUGCGCCCCCACCAAAGCCCCCCCGCCCCCCUCGCCCUCCCCCGAAUCCUCCUCCCAUGCCCCCACCUGCUCCCCCUCCUCGUCCCCCCCGUCCGCCCCGCCCUCCCCCCAAUCCCCCCCCCCGAACCGCCUCCAAAGCCUCCUACGCGCCCCCCCCCGUCCGCCCCGCCCUCCCCCCAAUCCCCCCCCAGAACCGCCCCCAGCGCCCCCAACUCGCCCCCCCCGACCCCCACGCCCACCCCCAAACCCUCCCCCAAUGCCUCCCCCUGCUCCCCCUCUCAAACCCCCUCGCCCCCCACGCCCCCCCCCCUCCACCUUUCCCCCCGGGUUACAUCUUCCCCCCAUCCCCACCGCUGCCCCCUCCCUCUCCGGCCCCGAAGCCUCCCGUAGGGUCACUCGACCAGCCUCCCCCUCCCGAUUCUUCCCCCCAAGAUCCCCCCCCUGCCUUCCCCCCGCCUUGGACCCGCCCCCCCCGUGUAUGGGCGAAAGGUCCCCCCGCCCCUAUCUUUUCCGCCCCCCCUUGGUGGACAAUAUGGCCUCUUCACACCUCCUCCCCCGCUGCCUCUACGGCUGCUCCUGGGUUUGAUCCGAGCAAUCUGGACCGUCAAUCGGACCGCUCGGGCAGCGAGGCAGGCGUAGCAGCAGCAGGAGGAGGAGGAGGAGGAGGGAGUGGGCUGGGAGGGUUCCGGGUGCAGAGCUUUGGUGAGGAGGACGGGGUUGGGGAGGUGGUGGGGCGGAAGGAGGCGGGAGACGGACUCACAGGCACAAUGAGUGUUGCAGGCUCAACCGCUGGUAAUCCCGCUGCUGGAGCAGCCGCUGCCAAAGCUGCCGCCGCCAAAGCUGCGGCCGCGGAAGCUGCUUCCGAUGCAGCAUACCCGGACGCAGCAAGCAUAGCGCAGGCGUUGCAGUAUGAGAAGAAGCACGGGCUGAGGGAAAAGGUGAUCAAUGCAUCACCGGCGGAGUACGAGCAGGCGCUAGAGGAGGGAGUGGAUGUGAUGGGGGAUGUGUACGAUGAGGAGUUUGACGAGGCGGCUGUGAAAGCAGCCAAGGAGGGGAAGAUCGCCCGGGCUGAGGCGGCGGAAGAGGCCGCUGCUGCAGCAGCGGGAGAAGUGAAGUCCAGUGAUUCUGGUGGUGAUGGUGGUGAUGGUGGUGCUGCUGGUGGUGCUGCUGGUGGUGCUGGGGGCGCUGCUGCUGGUGUUGCUGCUGGUGCUGCUGGUACUGCUGGUGGUGCUGCUGCUGGUCCUGCUGUCGCUGUGCUUCCUGGUGAUAACUCAGCUGGGGAAAACGCAGAUGAGAGCAGCAGCAGCAGCAGCAUUGCAGUGAAAGCACAUGUCACUGCAGCGACAGCAGCAGCAACUGAAGAUGCUUUCCAAGAAGACACCCCCUUCUCGUUCCUGCCGACCUCCUCCCUCUCCUGUGUGCCUGCAACCGACUGUGACUUUCACUUUGAAGGCCACGCGGACUCGAUCCCUCUCUUUGACAUCUCCUCACUGCCCUCCUCCGGCGGUGCUCUCCACACGCCGCCCAUUGCUUUCCGCGCUUCCGCUGCUGCUCGCACAGUGAAGGUGGAGGAGAGGGAGGCACGGGAGAGGGGGAGGGAGGGGGAGAGGGAGUGUUUGCCGCCCAAGGUAGUGAGUGUGGAGAGUGGGGAGGGCAUGGCGGCGUGCGAUGAGGAGGAGGCGCCUGCGAGCGUUGACAAGCAGUUCUGCCUGCAUGACCAUGUGAGUGGCACUUGGGAGGAGAUUAUCCCCCCCUGCAUCACCUCCCUCUUAAUAACAGCAUGCUCUCAUUAUUCCUCUCGCCUCAUUCCCUCAUUCCAUGCUCAUUUCCUCUCGUCCCCACUGUUCGCCUCUUCAUCCUCCCAUCCUCUCCCCAUCCCACCUGUCCUCCCCCAUUUUCUCCCCCUGGCCUUUCCCCAGCGCCUAGCAUCGCACCCCUUCCAUCCGGCAUCCAGCAAAGCAGCAUACUCUGGUGUGACGGUGCGUCUGCAGCUGCUCUCUGUGUCGCUGCUGCUGGAUGGAACAGUGGUGAGCCUGCACGAGGGGGACGGGCUAGAAGGGUUCCCUGAGGACAAGCGGUGCGUGCUGUUUGCGGUCCAGGGUGGGCGCGACUGA